GAGGGUGAAGCCGGCGGCCGGCGGCGGCGGGGCGGCAGAGCGGGCGGGAGGGCGGCGCGGGCGGAGCGGGGCCGGGCUGCCGGCGGCAGCGGCGAGAGGCCGGGGCGGGGGAUAAUCAUGGGUCAAACCGGAAAAAAAUCUGAGAAGGGACCAAUUUGUUGGCGAAAGCGUGUGAAAUCAGAAUAUAUGAGGCUGAGGCAGCUCAAGAGGUUCCGACGUGCAGAUGAAGUAAAGAGUAUGUUUAAUUCUAAUCGUCAGAAGAUACUGGAAAGAACUGAAAUAUUAAAUCAAGAAUGGAAACAGCGUAGGAUACAGCCUGUACACAUCAUGACUUCUGUGAGCUCAUUGCGCGGGACCAGGGAGUGCUCUGUUACCAGUGACAUAGAUUUUCCAAAACAAGUCAUCCCACUAAAGACUCUCAAUGCUGUUGCUUCUGUGCCUAUAAUGUAUUCUUGGUCACCCCUUCAACAAAAUUUUAUGGUAGAGGAUGAAACUGUUUUACAUAACAUUCCGUAUAUGGGAGAUGAAGUGCUUGACCAGGAUGGUACCUUUAUUGAAGAGCUUAUCAAGAAUUAUGAUGGGAAAGUACAUGGAGACAGAGGUGAGCCCAAACACUCAGAAUGUGGAUUUAUCAAUGAUGAAAUAUUUGUUGAGCUGGUCAAUGCACUUGGUCAAUAUAGUGAUGAUGAAGAUGAUGAUGAUGGAGAUGACAAUCCUGAUGAAAGAGAUGACAAGCAAAAAGAUCGGGAAGGUAACAGGAUGGAGAAAGAAAGUCAUCCACCUCGGAGGUUUCCUUCUGACAAGAUAUUUGAAGCCAUUUCUUCAAUGUUUCCAGACAAGGGUACAGCAGAAGAACUGAAAGAGAAAUACAAAGAACUCACUGAGCAGCAGCUUCCAGGAGCUCUUCCUCCUGAAUGCACACCAAACAUUGAUGGACCAAAUGCUAAAUCUGUUCAGAGGGAGCAAAGCCUACACUCUUUUCACACACUCUUCUGUAGGCGCUGUUUUAAAUAUGAUUGCUUCUUGCAUCCAUUCCAUGCAACUCCUAAUACUUACAAAAGAAAGAAUACAGAAACAGCAUUAGAUAAUAAGCCUUGUGGACCUCACUGUUAUCAACAUCUGGAAGGUGCAAAGGAGUUUGCAGCUGCCUUGACUGCUGAGCGUAUAAAGACACCACCAAAGCGCCCAGGUGGCCGCCGAAGGGGAAGACUUCCAAACAACACCAGCAGACCCAGCACACCAACAAUAAAUGUAUUGGAAUCAAAAGACACAGACAGUGACAGGGAAGCUGGAACUGAAACUGGAGGAGAAAACAAUGAUAAAGAAGAAGAAGAAAAGAAAGAUGAAACAUCUAGUUCCUCUGAAGCAAAUUCUAGGUGUCAAACACCAAUAAAGAUGAAGCCAAAUAUUGAACCUCCAGAGAAUGUAGAAUGGAGUGGUGCAGAAGCCUCAAUGUUUAGAGUUCUUAUUGGCACCUACUAUGACAACUUCUGUGCAAUUGCUAGACUGAUUGGGACCAAAACAUGCAGGCAGGUGUAUGAGUUUAGAGUAAAGGAAUCUAGUAUUAUUGCUCCAGUCCCUGCUGAAGAUGUUGAUACUCCUCCCAGAAAGAAGAAAAGGAAACACAGGUUGUGGGCUGCUCAUUGCAGAAAGAUACAGCUGAAAAAGGAUGGGUCAUCAAAUCAUGUUUACAACUAUCAGCCAUGUGAUCAUCCACGUCAGCCUUGUGACAGCUCAUGCCCAUGUGUAAUUGCUCAAAACUUCUGUGAGAAGUUUUGUCAGUGCAGCUCAGAAUGCCAAAACAGGUUUCCUGGAUGUCGUUGUAAAGCACAAUGCAACACUAAGCAGUGUCCAUGUUACUUAGCUGUACGUGAAUGUGAUCCUGAUCUCUGUUUAACAUGUGGAGCAGCUGACCACUGGGACAGCAAAAAUGUUUCUUGCAAGAACUGCAGCAUUCAGAGAGGAUCCAAAAAACACUUGCUGUUGGCACCUUCAGAUGUGGCAGGCUGGGGAAUAUUCAUCAAGGAUCCUGUACAGAAGAAUGAAUUCAUCUCUGAAUACUGUGGUGAGAUUAUUUCUCAGGAUGAGGCAGACAGAAGAGGAAAAGUAUAUGACAAGUACAUGUGCAGCUUUCUGUUUAACUUGAAUAAUGAUUUUGUGGUUGAUGCAACACGCAAGGGCAACAAGAUUAGAUUUGCAAACCAUUCAGUAAAUCCCAACUGCUAUGCAAAAGUUAUGAUGGUUAAUGGUGAUCACAGAAUAGGAAUAUUUGCUAAAAGAGCCAUUCAGACUGGUGAAGAACUGUUCUUUGACUACAGAUAUAGCCAAGCUGAUGCCCUUAAGUAUGUGGGCAUAGAAAGAGAAAUGGAAAUCCCUUGACACCAGCUACCUCUUCUUUUAAACAUACAGCUGCCUUAUCUUCAGGAAUUUCUAGUACUGUGGGCAAUUUUUAAAAGAUAAAAUGAUGCAAUUUGAAAUUCUGUAUUUGCAAAGUACUGUAACAGUAAUUUAUAGUAACAAAUUUUAAAAAACAACUUUUUAUUGCCUUCUCACCAGCUGCAAAGUGUUUUGUACCUAUGACCUUUUGCAAUAAUGUGGUGUGGUACAUUUUUCAACCUUGAAUAAAGGAUACUUGAACUUCUUCAUUUUUACUGGAAUGGAGUUGGAAUUCUGUGCUAGGUAGCUGAAGAAGCAAACUGGCGACUUGCUUUCAAUUUCUGAAUAAAGGCAGCCAAUAUUUGCCUAGUUCUGUUUUUGUUACUUCAGGUCACAUUUACAUUAAAUUCUUUACAUACAAUCAUCUCUCUGACCUGUCAGGCUAAUUGUAGGAAUUUCAACUAUAGCACUUAAGUAAAAGAGUAGUGGUCCUCAGUUUUCAUGCACCCUUAGGGUGAAGCUGCAUUCAGGUUCUCUAAGGUGAUGGUUGGAGGCCAUCUACGCUGACCUCUUGUCAUACUAUCAACUGUACUUAAUCAUUUUUCCUCUACUUUCGCUGUAUCCAUCUCAUCAGUCUUAACAAGAGACUAAGUCCUAACAGUUCAUUAGCAGCAGAUGGACACUAAAAGGGGAAGGGGACUAAGUAUAGUUGUGAUUAUUUCUGAAGUCUUGAAAGCACUUUGCAAAUAUUAAGAUGUGGUGCCUAAUGUUACAAGGUUUUCUUCUAGACACAUACUGGCUUAAUAGUAACCCAGCUCUCCAAACAGGUGCCAUGAAUCUCUGUGUAGAAAAAAACACUGAAGAGGCCAUGUGUCAUCUGAUAAGGGAACAAACAGUGUUCUAUUAACUCCAGUAACUGCUACCCUGAAUUGUGGCUUCUCUUAAGCUGCAACCUGAAUGAUGCAGCAGUAAUUAUGUACAGAUUUCAUGUGCAUCAACCAGCCCAAGACCACUUAGGUUCCAUCUCUUAACUGGCUUAGAUAUAAGUAACAACUGUUUUGCUUAUUGGUACAAAUGUUUAGCUCUUAUUACAAUGUCUUAUAUGGUUUCAUCUAUAAUUUUAGAUUGCAGAUAGUCAUCUGUUUAAGUUUUGUUACAGAGCUGUCAUGUUUUUUUUUUCUUAUUUGCCAGCAGUGUACUGCUAGAACAUGAUGCUCUGAUAUGUAGUCAAAACAGCUGGGCUAGGAGGGCACAGACAGGAAAACAGUAUUACAAAACUGAUUUCAAGAAAUCCUGUCAGUAAUGACUGACUGCAUUCUGGACUGAGGAGGUUCUAACUCACUGAUCCUUUUCAGACAGAGCUGAAAUAUUGCAGUCUGGUAUCAAGUGCUUAAUACCAUCUUGUUACACAGUGACCCAAGGAAUAAGAAGUAAGACUUCAUACCCCUCAUCUUACUGAUAAGAAAAAUACAGCUUGAACCAUUCAAACCUUUAGGGGCAGUUGCGAGGGGAGAAAGUCUCUUUUACUGGUCAUUUUUGCUUUCCAGUCCCCAUCCUUCCCCAUGUUGUAACAUGGGUGACCAGUCAGCUAUUCUACUUCUGCAAGGUCAAAACUUAUUUUCACCUUGCUUAGCUAAAGCAUUUCAAUUGCCUAGAGCUAGGCUGAGAGCAGAUGGGCUUUUUAAAAUAGAGCUCUGCACAACAUAAUAUACAAGCUAUACAAAGCAGUACUGCUUUAACCAGUGAUGGGUUAGGCUGCCCAACAAGGCUGUGAAAGGCAGCUCACAGCAGGUUAUUUCUGGCGUCCCACAUGACCAUUUGGUAUGCUUCUCUAGUGCCAUACCACCCUUACAUCCCCCUGCAGAAAAAAAUCUUAUGAACUUCAAAAGGCAACUCAAAAAUCAAGCAGCAAGGUGCAUUUAAUCAUGCAGGCAGUCUUCAGUGCAAUUAAAGUUCUUUCAGUACAGGAAUAGGAAGCUUGCAAAAUCUCAAAUUCAUAAGACUUUAACCAUUUUCCAAACGAGUUAGGAUUUUUUUUUUUUUAAACCAAGCAUUUUUGUAGGUCAAAGCCUAGUUAUAACCACAAAACUUAGAUUCCCACAGAGAAAAAUAUUAUCAACACCAAACCUGCCUCCCUUCUCUUGAUGCCACAUAAACAAUAAACUGAUCAUUUCCAAGGGGAAAAAAAGGGUUUGGCUACAGAAGCAAAUGCCUUUUCACCAUCAAGAAUGAAAAAAUAUAAUUAACAAGAUUGAGUUGUGUGAGAAUGGUAGCGUUUUGCUUGUAACAUACGUAAGCCAGUUUUCAUUUCACAUGUAUAUGAUGAAUAUACAACAUGAAAAUAAUGGAAUGAAGCUUGGUCAAUCAAUGUAUGUAUAGGAACAAAUAUUUUAUUCCCAUCACAGGUUGCAUUUAAUAUGAAUUAAUCUUUAGGAACACACUCAAUUUUCUGUUCUAUUCAAAGAAAGGGGCAGACUAAACCUUAUUCAAGGCAAUACUUAGGCAAGUGUGAUGGGAUACGUUAAAAAUAUCUCGAAUUUCAGAUGACCAAGUAUUUCUGCAUAUUUCACAUUUUCUAUUCCGCUUAUCUUGUGAAAUCACAGUUUUCUUCUCUUUUCAAAGCAGGCAUUUCCUCUUAAAAAGAAAUAAUACUUAUGUUUGAUUACAGAUGAAAAUUAAUCUCUUCAGAGAACA